AUGUUUGAAGACAAGUUUAAAAAUGGAGUGUUAUUUAAAAAAGUUAUUGAUGUAUUUGCGGAAAUGGCAGUUAAUGCAAAUUUACAAGUAUUUGAUUAAUAAUUAAAAAGGCUAUGGAAACUACUAAUAUUGCUAUGUUAACACAUAAAAAUUAAUCCUUGGGGGUUCUAUAAAAAUAGACGCGAAAAAUAAAUUUAAAUCAUUUAUAAACGAUUCUGUAAUUUUUUGAAAAUAAAGAUUAAAUAACAUUUAGAUCAUAGUCCAAGAUCCAAAAAUAUUAUCUAUUACAUUUGAAUCAAAAAGUGCAAGAGAUAAAUUAAUCUAGAAAGAAUAAGUGA